AUGUUAAAGAACCUUUUCGUAUUUCUACUCACCUUUUACUUCUGUCAAGCCUUCAUCUUCUUCGAGUGCGACGAAUCCAAAGGAAAUGGCUUCCAACCACCAACUUGCAAAAUCAGCAACAUUCGCGUACGCGGCAAACCCCUCGAACGAAUCGAAUUUUCGCAAAAAGGUCUCAUGACAUCGAUGGAAUUCGUCAAUUCUGAAGUUUGGUAUUUGCCACGCGAGCUUUUCCGUCAGAUGCCGAUGCAAUAUUUGUACGCCCACGGAGUUUCGUUGCAAAAAUUGCCUCCGCAUACUUUUAAAUACGCAACGGAUUUGAAAGAAUUUCACGCCAGCAACAAUAAAAUCCGUAAAUUGCUUAAGGGAACAUUUUUUGGCGCCAUCAACUUACGAACUAUCGAUUUGUCAGACAAUUGGAUCGAUUUUAUUCACCCGCAGGCCUUUGGUGAUUUGGAAUUUUUGCGAUUUAUCAGUUUGGCGAACAAUAAUUUGCGAAAAGUUGAUGCAACGUGGUUCGAAAGUGAACGCUUGACGCACAUCAAUUUGCGAAAUAAUUUUUUGGCUUCUGCAGAAUUGGAUUUUAGUGAUAAGUUAUCACUUACUGAUUUGGAUUUAUCGGCGAAACAAGGAGAUGGUAGCUCAAUGACUGAAUUGGUGAUUCAUUUGGAUUGCAUGUACAUGCGGAACUUGGAUGUGUCCCAUAAUACGGCUUUAAAACGCUUCAAAGUGACGUGCCAGAACGAAAGUGUCCUGGAAAUGAAUUUGCACGUAGAUGACACGUCAUUGGGCUUCAAUACGAAGAACGCCCUUGAAGUUGACCCGAAAUUAGACGUAAAAGUCCUGUCUUUGGGCAAUAAUUUGUACUUCAAUCCGGAAGAAUUAACUAAUUUGAAGAACUUGAGACAAUUAAAUCUCGAAGGAAAUUCAUUUAAACUUGAAACUUUCCUCCAAAACUUGACAAAUUUGGAAAUUUUGAACUUACGAGCGUCAAAAUUUGAUGUAACUGCCAUUAAAUCACUGAAAAACUUGAAAAAACUUUCUUUAGCGAAGAAUGACUUGAAAAAAGUUGAUUUCAAAUCUUUCGGUGUCAUUCCAACUUUAACGGAACUCGAUUUGAGCGAGAACCAAUUGUCACAUUUGUCGAUCCCGGAUCUGAUGAAAGCUUUUCCAGCCUUGGAACUCUUGGAUUUGAGCCAAAAUCGCUUUUCCGGUGGUAAUUUGGACCUCAUUCAGACGGAACUUGAAGCCAAUUUCGUUCUCAUCAACGUCUAA